AUGCAGCUGAAUGAGACUGGAGUUCAAACACUGGCUCCAGAGCCAUGUGAGCAGCAACUACUACAAGAGGACAAUGCUGGAAACUGUAGCGGAGGUUCCACCAGCAACCUGUCGCUGCACUGCUGGCUGCAGCUCCUCAGCAAGGAAUCUAUCAUGGAAUUUCAAGCAGACAGCUCCAGUCUAGUGGUGCGUGUGAUGAUAGCAUGUGUCUACUCUAUAGUCUGUGCACUGGGGCUGGUAGGAAACUCACUGGCUUUGUAUCUGCUGCACUCACGUUACAGGCAGAAGCAAUCAUCCAUCAACUGCUUUGUGAUGGGACUGGCUAUCACAGACCUUCAGUUUGUUCUGACUUUACCUUUCUGGGCAGUGGACACAGCCCUGGACUUCCGCUGGCCAUUUGGCCGCGUGAUGUGCAAAAUCAUCAGCUCUGUCACCACCAUGAACAUGUACGCCAGUGUGUUCUUCCUCACAGCAAUGAGCGUGGCACGUUAUUACUCUAUCUCCACUGCACUGAAGAUGCACAGCCGGCGGGCUGCAGCCACUAGGGCCAAGUGGACAAGCCUGGGCAUCUGGGCUGUCUCUCUGCUAGCCACUUUGCCUCAUGCAAUUUACUCCACCAGCGCCCAGGUGUCAGAUGAGGAGCUUUGCCUGGUGCGCUUCCCAGACUCAGGCAGCUGGGAUCCACAGCUUCUUUUGGGUCUAUACCAGCUGCAAAAGGUCCUGCUGGGCUUCCUCAUUCCUCUGAUCAUAAUCACCGUCUGCUACCUGCUGCUUCUGCGUUUCGUCCUCAGCCGACGCAUCACAGGUGCAGCGGACCCAGAGGUUGAGCAGGGCCGGCAAAGUCGUCGCUCCAAGGUGACCAAAUCCAUUGUCAUUGUGGUUCUCUCCUUCUUUCUGUGUUGGCUUCCCAAUCAAGCGCUGACACUGUGGGGAGUGCUCAUAAAGUUUGACCUUGUGCCCUUCAGCAAGGCCUUCUACAAUGCGCAGGCCUACGCCUUCCCCCUGACGGUGUGUUUGGCACACACCAACAGCUGCCUCAACCCUGUGCUGUACUGCCUGAUUCGCCGGGAGUUUCGGGCAGGUCUCAAGGAGAUCCUCCUCCACGCCACACCAUCCUUCAGGAGCCUUACUCAUCUGCUGCGUCGCAAGGCCAAAGUGGCUGAGGCGCCGCCUGUUCUUGUGCUGGUCCAAAUGGAUGUCUGACUUGGAUGACUGGCUUAAUGUGACAGAGGGGCGUAAGGAGUGAAUGACAAAGUAAAUAAGCCUAUAUUACCAUUGAUUUGGAGGUUUACCAUGAUGGUGCAUUUAUCUGUAUAUCAAAUAUUUUUUUGGCUUUUGAAAACAACUUAAUCAUAAUUGACUACCCAGUGGGAUGUGCCCCACUUUCACUGCAUGCACCAAGAUUUCCUCUGCCGCAAA